UCCCAGAGGCACCCAUCACUGUCAGGUAGAACAGAAGACAACACCAGCAAGAUCACAAUGGCUCCAGCAAAGAUGUUGCUACUCAUCUGUGGCCUGACGCUGACUCUCUACCUGAGUGACAUCUCAGCUUUGAAGAUAGGGGCAUUCAACAUUAGAGCUUUCGGAGACUCAAAGAUAACAAACCCUGCAGUAUCGUCAGUUCUUAUGAAGAUAUUGCCUCGCUAUGAUAUUGUGGUUAUUCAGGAAGUCAGAGAUGCUGAUCACAGUGCGGUGAAGUUACUCAUGCAGAAACUAAACAGCUUGAACACCGGAUCUGUGUAUUCCCAUGUGAUCAGUGACACGUUAGGACGGGACGCAUAUAAGGAGCAGUACCUCUUUGUAUACAGGAAUGACAAAGUGUCUGUGCAAGAUUCCUACCACUACCAUGACCACUGCAUGUACACCGGAGAAGACACUUUCAGUCGGGAACCUUUUGUGGUCAAGUUUCACGUUCAAGGCGCAGUUAUUGAAGACUUUGUACUUAUCCCAUUGCACUCUGCACCAAAGGAUGCUGUUCGGGAGAUAGAUGCUCUAUAUGAUGUCUAUGAAGAUGUAUGGAACAAGUGGCAAACUGAUAGCAUGAUUUUCCUGGGGGAUUUUAAUGCUGGCUGCAGCUAUGUUACUGACUCUGACUGGGACAACAUCCGUCUCUGGACCAAUGAGGAAUUCGCCUGGCUAAUCCCCGACUCCACUGACACUACUGUGGGAAAUACCUGUUGUGCUUAUGAUAGGAUUGUGGUCAGCGGGGCAGACUUGCAGGAGGCAAUAGUCCAAGACUCAGCCCAAGUGUUUGACUUUCAGAAAAAAUAUAAACUGACACAGGAGGAGGCUCUCGCUGUAAGCGACCACUUCCCAGUAGAACUGGAGCUGAUGUGUGCUUGAAGAACACCACUGUAUGUCAGAAGCUGGAAUUGUGUCUUUACAAGGAGAAUUACACUCCCGUACCUUCCUGUAACUAAAGCACAAACAAAAAGACUACAAAGGACAAAAUGUACUUUCACUAUUUACCAAUAGUCUCACUAUUUGCAGUUGAUAUGAAUUUACCUCACUAAGAAUCCAAUGGAAAGGAGACAGCACCUGUUAUUGUUGUUGUGUAUCAGCCGCCAGAUAUUUUCUUACUUUAUCAGGUCCUCUUUUUGCCGUCCAGGGUCAUGUUGGGUUUAAUGAUUGCAUCUUCAUUCUCCAGCCAUCAACAGAACAAUUUAAUUCACUUAAAGGGAUACUGUCAAAGGAAAACAUGUUUUUUGCAAAACACAUCAG